GAUGAUUCGCCCCGUGGAGAACUCGGAAGAGUUGCAGGAGUUUCCGUGACACCGCUUCGUCCGGGAUCAACUUGUCCUCACAACGUCCUUUGACUUGUCGAAGUGUUUUUUCAUUUUUAGACAUGUUUAGGACAAUCCAAGACAGCUGAAUGGGAGGAAAGAGAGCCAAGCAAAGACAAUCAUGAACAAAUUGAAGUCCUCACAGAAGGAUAAAAUUCGCCAGUUCAUGAUUUUCACCCAAGCCAAUGAGAAGACUGCACUGGUUUGUCUGUCACAACAUGACUGGAAACUAGAGGUUGCCACGGACAAGUUUUUCCAAAAUCCAGAGCUCUAUAUUUCCAGUUUAAAAGGAGCUUUCGACAAGAAGAAGCUUGAACAACUGUACACCAGAUAUAGAGAUCCUCACGAUGACAACAAGAUUGGCAUCGAGGGGAUUCAGCAGUUUUGUGACGAUCUCGGUUUGGACCCCGCCAGUAUAAGUGUUCUCCUCAUCGCUUGGAAGUUCAGAGCUGCUACACAAUGCGAGUUCUCAAAACAGGAGUUCAUAGAUGGCAUGGCGGAACAAGGAUGCGACAGUAUAGACAAGCUAAAAGCUCAACUACCCAAGAUGGAACAGGAGUUAAAAGACCAAGGAAGAUUUAAGGACUUUUACCAGUUUACAUUUAAUUUUGCAAAGAAUCCUGGCCAGAAAGGUUUAGAUUUAGAAAUGGCUAUUGCUUAUUGGAAUUUAGUAUUGGAUGGAAGAUUCAAGUUCCUCGACCUAUGGAAAACAUUUUUAGUUGAGCACCACAAAAAAUCCAUUCCCAAGGACACUUGGAACCUGCUGCUAGACUUCAGCACAAUGAUAACAGAUGACAUGUCCAAUUAUGAUGAGGAAGGAGCUUGGCCUGUACUCAUUGAUGACUUUGUGGAGUUUGCACGACCGCACAUCGGGACCAAAAGCACUGCAGUUUAGGCUCCUCUUAACAGCCUACACAAGCAAGAGAAAAGAACACGUGGCCCACGCUGAGCUGACAACUAUGUUGCCUUUUCAAUCCUCAGGACUGAAAUAUUUUACACAGCAGAGACUUUAUAUAUACACACGUGCGUGUGUGUGUGCGUGUGUGUAUGUUUGUGUAUGUACAAUACAUAUGUUAAAAUAAUGCAUAUCACUUCGCUGGUCAGCUUGUGGUGGUUUGGGCGCUUUUAACGACAGUAUUUGGGAUUUUCUGGGGGUACCGAAGCCAAGCAAGAAGCAGCACCAUCUCAGUUUUGGGAUAUGUUUGGGCUUUGCUCAAAUGUCCACACACAUUCUUCAACUGUCAUGUAAACAUUUUUCUAAAAAUAGUUUUUAAUUUGACUCCUGAGUGGCAUCCAGAUUUUUAUUUUAUGAUACAUCUGUGACUAUUCCAUAUGAAGUAUAAUCACAUUUUUUUUCCAUGAUCAAUGCUGCUCCAUUCUUUUAACUUGAAAUAAAUGUUUGAAUUUGGUAUCUUUGAAGCUGCCAGCCCAUGUGUGCCUCAAAGCAGCCGCCCGCCUCUGCGUGAUGAAUACAAUGUUAUGCUUCCAGGCUCAUAAGGGAUGGUUAAAUGGGGUCAAUCUUUGGAUGUCUUGCAGUUCCUCCCUUCUGGUGAGGGCAUACUUGAAUGGACAAUGAUUUAGAAUCACUUUUAGUAUUGUACAUUUGCCAGCCAAAACAUUAGGCAGACCUGAGAAAAUAUAAUGUUUUUCAUGGCAAAUUACAGCUAAAAUAAACAUUGGUGUUUAAAAUGA